GAGGAUUAUGAUCAAAUCCGUGAAAUUUCCCAAUGCGGGCGGAGAUGAUGACACUGCCGCCUUCUUCGACGGGGUCUUCGCGGGCCGCUGGAUGAGUUCGGUGGGAGAGCCUCGAGGUGAAGAAGAUAUCGAUGAUUAUCAUUCGGAAGUGCAUCCGAAAGAUGAAGGCAGAGUUGAUGCGACAGCGCCGGUCUGUGGUGAGAUCCAAAGAUAUGAAGAUCUUUGGACGAUGCUCAUGGAAAGUCAACUCGCACAGGAUGUCACCGUCUAUGUGCAGACAUGUGGGACCACCGCAUGUUUCGCUCUAUGCUUGGACCUGUUGCCGCACCAGAUCUCGGCGAUGGCCCAUAUCACCUCAAUUCUCCAGAUGUGUUGUAGCUAUGCGGAGACGCGACCAGCACAGCAAGAGGCCUACAAACAGCUGAAGGCUCACCUCGAUAAGGUCACCUAUUUGCAGCGGAAGCUCUUGAGCCAAAAACGGCGGCGCUCCCGCUCGCGCGGCGUCCGGGUCAUGCCAGCGAUCCUGUCCAGUGGCCAUGGACAUGGCACACAGGAAUCGGAGCUGGAAGGGUCAGCGUUAGAGGGUGCUGCGCUCGCCUCGCUGCCAGUGAGUAUGCUGAGCCCGGAGGAGAAGAGGGACGAGAAAUCCGCCCAGGAGGACUCCGAUGUGGAGCAGGAGAUCCGGCCCCUGACGCAGGUGCUGAACAGCGUAAUGAACAGCGUCGAGCCAAGACGACCACCCCGAUGUGGCCGACCUGGCUCUAGAGUCGAGGGACGAAUCGGGCUCGCAGUUGGGCCGUGA